AUUUAUGCGAGCGCCUUAGCUACCCAGAUCAUAAAAAAUGCCCGUAUACGGAAGUAAAUAGUCCCAGCGAAAUGUGAUAUAUUUUCAACAAAUAUCUGCGGGCUCUGUGCAUUUUAGCCUUAGAAUAAGUUGUUUGCUAGAUGAAAAUUCCUCUCUAUCUCAUAACCUGGAUGAACAUCUUGCAUCUUGUAUCUUCUAAGAAAGAAGAGUCGCCGAGCAUCCAGAAGCUGAAAGCAUCAUGUAAAGACACUGCAACAUGUCCUGUCUCCUUUCCCAAGGAGGAUCUACAGGACCGGCUUACACCUAUACAAUACAAAGUUACACAGGAAAAGGGGACUGAAAGGCCUUUCUCAGGACAAUAUGUGAAUCAUAAAGAUGAAGGGUCGUAUCGUUGUGUGGUGUGUGGAAAUCGAAUUUUCUCAUCAGAUACCAAAUUCAACUCCCACUCGGGAUGGCCUUCCUUCUCAGAUGUCCUUGACAAAGAAAGUGUAACCCUGUCUGAUGAUACUUCACAUGGAGCGAAACGAGUAGAAGUAAAAUGUGCAGACUGCAUGGCACAUCUCGGUCACUUGUUUGACGAUGGACCGAAACCGACCGGUGUACGUUUCUGUGUAAACUCAGCUUCCUUAGACUUCAAGAAAGAGACAACUGUAUGACGAAGGUCGUGAUGCUGUCAAUGAGAUUUGUUUGAAUAUCAUAACAUUACUGCUGAAUAUUACAAUAUUGCCAUGGUAACACACACUGUUGUUACUACAACAAAAAACAUUUAUAACAUUGUUUAUUCAUAUCAUAUAUGGAUCAAAGAUGAACUAUUUUAGUGUUGCCUAUGUUGCUAAUCUAUUUUGACACUGUAUUUUGAAAAUUAUUGUCAGAAGUAUUUAGUUAGGGGUUUAAAUAGGUACGGUCGGUUAAAAACUGGUUAGAAAGUUCAAUAAUCGAUAUCCGAGGAUAUUUUAUAAGAAAGAGCUAAAAGAGUUUUUAUUUGAUUUUAAACAUUACCUUAGUUUUUUUCACAAGGUAUGACAUUUUGUUGUAUUUUAGUUGAAGGCCACAACUUUCAUGUACUUUUUCCGGUUGAAUGCUUACUGAUUAUGUACGGUGCUAAAGAAAAUAUUUAUUUAGAGGAUA